GGCUGCUUCCCAGAGCGAAGCAGCCAACUUCUUUGUGUUCCUCUCAGCACUUCUCAGCUUACCCAUCCUCUCUAUCUUCCCCCAGGUCCUUCUGCUGUGAGCACCGCCCUCAGCAGAUAGUAGAGGCAGCUCCAGGGCCAGACACUAACUGCAUGGUCUGCCUGGAGCCCGUGGGGGACCAAAAGUCCUACCACACCAUGGUGUGCCCGGUGUGCACAAAGUCCUGGUUCCACCGGAGCUGCAUCCAGAGACAGGCAAUGGAAACUGGCAUUCUGCGUUUCCGAUGCCCCGUUUGUGGAGACAGGGUGCAGUUCCGCUCGGAAAUGCACCGCCUCGGGAUCCAAAUCCCAGUCAGUGUACCAACAUGUGCAUACAAGGCGAGCUGUGCCGAGCAACACAAGACGCACAGUCUUGCGGGUCCCAGCACUGCCAGCCAGGAGAUGGAGGGGCCAUCUCAUAGCUCCCCAGCAUCUGACAAUGACAGAUGUGCAUCCACCAGCCAGGCAGCACUGCAGUCAUCUCAAAGUCCGCAGCUGCCUAAGUGCAACAUCCUGUCCAGCCAGCUCAGGGGAGGACAGUGGAAAAGACGCAUGGCUGCAUGCAAGCAGCACCAAGGACACCAAGGGAGCAGCCAUACUCCUGCUCCAGGUGCAGAGAGCAGCACCCAAAGAUCCACCAGCCAGCGGGAAGUGGGGCACUCCAGCAACUACCCAGCGGCUAAACGCAGAUGGCAGUCCAGGCAGCAGGAGACAGGCCGGACAAGAAGCCGCUCUCCACUGGAGGAUCGUGCUUCCAAAAUCCCAAGACUGCUCAGAAGACCUCCUGGCAACAGGUCUAUUCCUCUAAACGCAGGGAUUCCCGUCUGCCUGUACCCAGAAGACUCCUGCAGCGAGGGCAGCCCCAGGAACGAAGCCGUUCCCCACGGGAUCGUCGGGCUUCCAAUUCGCAAAGUGAGGCUGGAGGAAGCCAAGCCGCAGCCCAGACAGCGGCGGCCAACUCAGGCACGACGCCAAAACCGGAACCAGCCCUGA